AUGGGAGAUACCGCAGAGGAUCAGGACGGCCGACCUACGGUGGAGGCUGCCGGUGUCACAAGCUUCUCCGAGCUUCUUAUGUUGUCAGACGCAGGCAUUCUCAGCUCCUCCGACCACCACGCCAAAGAUAACGCCGACGGUGAGAAAGACGACUUUGGUUUUGUAUUCUCCGGUGCAAAUGGGACAAGAAUGCUCUGUUUUAGCGGAGGCUACCAAAACGACGUCGAAUCGCUCUUCUUGGAACCUUGUAACCUCUCCGGAGUCUCUCUUCCUGACCCUUCAUGCAUUAUUAGUAGUAGCGACUGCAAGAACUCUAACGACGCCUGUACGGUCGAUAUAGCUCCUAAACCAUCAAAGAAGAAGAGAACCGGGUCGGUUAAUGGGCAAAAGCCGGAUGAUGACAGAAAACCGGUCAAGAAAGGAAAGCGAAAUCAGGAUAAAUCAUCACUUGGAAUUGCAAAGGUAAGGAAAGAAAGAUUAGGGGAAAGAAUUACAGCGUUGCAGCAAUUGGUUUCUCCGUACGGCAAGACAGAUGCAGCUUCAGUGCUGCAUGAAGCGAUGGGUUACAUCAAAUUCUUACAAGACCAGAUUCAAGUCCUUUGCUCUCCUUAUCUAAUCAACUAUUCUCAUGACGAUGAAAUGAUCACCGGAGAUAUUAAGCCGGGGAAGAAAACGAGAGACUUAAGAAGCAGAGGAUUAUGUCUAGUACCUAUCUCAUCCACCGUACACGUGGAGAACUCAAACGGCGCUGAUUUCUGGUCACCUGCUACGAUGGGUUGUCACACUACGUCACCGUCAACGCAUCAAGGAUAUUAA